AAAAUAUUGAAGUAAUUUAGUCGAUUAACACCUAAUCAAUUUUUACAAACAGCAGAUAUCACGACGAAACGAAACGAAAAGAAAGUUUACUAAAUACGAUUAAAAUGCCGAUGGGAAGGAAAAGGAAGGGUGCUGAUUCACCAUCUGCAUCAACACAUGAGGAGGCUUUUACAAAAAAGUCAUGGACAGAAGAUCUUACACUGGUUGUUGAAGGCAAGAAGAUGUAUGUCUCAAAGGCUGUGUUGGCAUUAGCAUCACCUGUUUUCACAAGAAUGUUUGAGUCUGAUUUUGCUGAAAAACAUAAAGAAGAAAUCGAGUUGAAGGAUAAGAAAUAUGGGGAUGUUGUUGAAUUUCUGCAAAGCAUUUAUCCGAGUACAAGGAAACCUGUUGCCAUAGAGAAUGUAUUUCAGAUUCUUCCCCUAGCUGACGAGUACCAGGUUGAAUCUCUACGAAAAGAUUGUGAACAGUGUUUGCUCCAAGAACUGACCUUAAAAUUUGGCGUUAAGUGUUGUGUUUCUAUUUGUCGCUACCUCCAGCAAGCUGCAUUGUAUGGGUUAGAAAAACUGGAAGAGAAGUGUAUAGAGGUAUUACGUGAUAAACCUCAGAGGGAUAUAGAUAUUGGCGAGAAUUCAUACCCACUUCCUUUAGAAUGCAAGAACAAAUUGCUGAUCAAAAUUAAUAUGCAGCUGGAAGAAAACAUUAAAUCUGCUAAUGAGAAAAUUGAACAACUGAAAAAAGAGAAAAGAAAUUUAAAAACAGAUCUUGAACUUUAUAAAAGUAAACUUGUCUUUGACGCGAAGAGUGAACAAGAACGGAUAGUAAUAGAGGCUGUUGCAAAGAAUAGAGCCGAGGAGGAAAUUGAGGAGCUGAGUUGGACCCUUAAGGCAGAGAAGUUUAUUGAAGAUGGUAAAACUUACUUGUCGGCUUGGGUCUCUUUUGAGCCUGAUCGUCCUCAUAUGAUGUGCUUUGCAGAUGGCACUUUUACAUUGUUAGCCAAAGACAAGAAGAAUCUAGAAUGGUUCUUGAAAGAUGUUACCUUCUCUUCAGUAAGUUUUACCUGGGGCUGUCAGAAACUUAUUGAAUGGAAGGACUUUAUUGAUCCAGACAAUGGCUAUGUUAAUGAGGAUAAAGCCAUGCUGCAGGUGUUUAUGAUGAUUCAUGAUCCACAUGAAGCAUGA